AUGUCGAGAUGUGUGCUGGGCCAGGACGAUGGUGCUGGUGCAUGGCCUGCGUGUAGUGACCUUGAGGCACACCACCAUGUCCAGCUGAGGGUGAAGGGCUUGCACAAACGGGACAAACAGGUCCGCUGCGGAGGAACGCUGAUCGGCGAGGAAUGGGUCCUGACAGCCGCCGAGUGCGAUCACCCGAAACUAGAGGCUCUCCUACGUCAAGGCAGGGACUUGAGUAAGCUUGAAAAAUUUGAUAUCAAAGAGCGUCACAUCCACACGGACACAUCUAAGCAGCAACUCAUUCUGCUGCACCUGGAUAGAUCCUGGUUGAGCAAGGUAUUUAAAAAGGACAAGGACUUCAGCUUUCCCAAAGACAAGUGUGAGAAACCAGCAGGUGGAUCAACCGUCCAGAUGGUGGGAUGGAAGGAGACAGGCCUGGCCGUCGAACCCCAAGAACCCUUGACCACCAAUCCCACCCUGGCGUGCAAACAGCUGCCGGUUGCUGAGUGUCCAGACUUCUCCGAGUACAAGGACAAGGAGGGCGAGCUGGACAAGUCCUUCAGCUCCACAGAAAUGGUGUGUGCAGGCACGGAGACCGACAACACCUGCAGCGGGAGCACCAAGGCCUCCUGCUCCGGGCCCAUCAAGCUCACCAGCAUCUGCCCCUACACCGACUGGAUCCUCAGGAUCACAAAGAUGAAAAAAUAA